AUGGAGAGACUGGCAGAGGAGGACGUGCUGGACCCCCACCCGGACAUCCACGCCCUUUUCUGCUACUACAACUCGCUCUACUUCGGCGAAUCUCUCGGCGCCUGCUCCGUCUCCUGGAGCAGUUCUCGUAUGACGAGGUCCGCCUCAUUUCUGGUCGCCGUUUCUUCCAUCUCUUCUCUGCUCGGAGUUUGCAGUGUUUCUGGACGGCCAUUUUUGGGCGUUUUCCUUCGUCAUCGAUCUCGCAUCCCUGUCGGAAUCCGUCCAUCCGUCACUACAUCCGGACUGGACGAUAUUUGGGGGAAUUCACGGGAGAUCUAUUCGAGGAUCCGCUUCCGGACUGCGAGUUCUAGUCGUGGAUUUGGGGAUCCAUUCCGGACAGAGCCUAGAGUCAGCAUACAUUUCUCCGGCGAUCUUGCUCCCCGGAUCAGAUUCUCAAGUAUCAUCGUCGCCUAUAGGUUAACCCUCUGUUCAAUCUGCUUCGAACGAUCUACGCCCCUAGUAGUGUCUCGUUGGUGUGGAUUAGAUCGCCGAUAAUCCUCCUUGCUCAUCAUCAGAAAUUAUUCCGAGAUUGAAAUGUGGGUAUCGGAUGCUUGGGGAUGAACACAGUUUGAUCACCUCCACACAAGUUUCUUCUUUACUCCUUCAAGCAGCCGGGCUUUAUUUCUGCAUUUAGAGCAUUUUACCAACGAUUUCUCAGAGGUUCCUUCGUUUCUGCAUCGUAUGCUUGCAGAUCACGUACAGCUUCUUUUGUUCUUCCUAGAUUAGUAACAGUCUCCAUCUCCAAUCCUUUCUGAAUCGAUCUGCCUGUGAUCUGUUCGUCGGAUGCUAUCAAGCCAUCUGAAGAAAAAAGGGCACGCAGCGGACAGCAUGAAACUGCGCGUAGGUUGUGAUAUAUAACAUCAUGGUUUUAUUUAAUUGCUCGAAAUCAUUACUCCAAUCUCAGGACAUUACUACCGUAUAUCACCGAUUAUCGAUUGAUCGGCAUGAAAAACCAUGAAUUGCUUCAUUUUAGGAACGAAACUUUCCGGCACUGGGGGUUCUUCCAUGGCUAAUGAAUGUCCAGGAACUAUGUUCAAACCAGGUGUGCAGGUGUCUGCCAUUAUCGUCCAGGCGGUGGGUGCGAGAUCCGCCUCUCCGAACCUCUCCUGAAGUUCCGUCCGACUGCGGAUCUGAAGAACACCUUGCUUCACGAAAUGAUCCACGCAUUCUUGUGGAUCGCCAACCAGAACAGGGAUCAUAGGUCGUUAUAUAAACUUUCAUACCCUGGUUCUCAAUCAAUCUAUCUAUCUACCCAUCUACAGAUAUUUAUUGAAUGCGUUUUUUUUUUUUUUUUUUUUUUUUUUUGUGAAAGCAGCGACCAUGGCCCGUGCUUCCAGAGACUGAUGAAUGGGAUCAACUGCAGCUCCUUGGAAGACCAUCAAGUUGGUUAACCAACUGAGCGAGUUCUAAGAAAAAGCUUCUUUCCACAGACUUGCCCUUUCUCACUGUGUUCAAUUGCUUCUCCAGAAACCAGCUGGAGGCUACAACGUGACCGUGUACCACGAGUUCCACGCCGAAGUUGACAAGUACCAAGUCCACCGAUGGAUGGUAAUAAUGGGAUUACGAAAAAAAUAAUCUCUUUAUCUAUCUGGGUUUUCUAUUUUUUCACCUGAUCAAGACUGAAAAUCAGCGAUUUUGAGGGUUGACCUUAGAUGAUAACUGGCUUCUUGUAUUGCACUUAGUGUGAAUCCUGUGGGGAUCUGAUCAAGAGGGCCAUGAACAGACCUCCCAUGGCGAGCGACUGUAUUGGGAAGGUGAAGCAUGGUGGGCCUUGCGGCAACCCCUACUGUCAUUGGCACAGGUAAGGAGAGAUUCAAACUCAACCAACCAAUUUCACACCAUGAUUGAUUUCCCUCUGGUUUUCACAGCCACAGGGCCUCCUGUUCUGGGAGGUACGUGAAGAUCGCAGAGCCCACCGGGUUCAAAGGAAGAAGGGCUCUGAAGGGUGACGCGCCUCUCGUUCCUAAUAAUGCCACAAACGAGCUUAAGGUGCGUAAGGUGGACCUGACUGGCUCCCUGAGGACGAUAACGAGCUUCUUCCCUGUCGAAGAAGACAAGAGACCACCCCCUAGAGAGGACCUGAAGGCUAUGCUACCAGACGAGGCAGUCCCCAGAGGUAAGAGAAGCCAGUGUUCAGGAAGAAGAAAACGAAAGUUCACAGAAGCGGGAGAAGGUAACUGCGGCGGGCCGGGGCCAGAGUGCUCCGUCAUGAGUGGGUGGCUGCACUGGUACGCAGAGGAACACGAAGGGGAAGAGGACCCCGAGCCUCUGGUCAACAAGAGAACACAGAGGAGAAAGAAGCAGAAGAUGAUGCUGAGUAGGGGAUUCCCAGAAAAAGGUGACGAUGAUGAUGGUGAUAAAGAAGAAGAAAAACUUCGUUCCAGUGGGGUGGGUAGAAUGAUUGUUCUGGAAAUUCUUGACGACUAG